AUGCUUAUCCAAGUCCUUUAUGGCCUGGCAGCCAGUGCCCUGUGGCAAGGCCAAGCCGUUGCAUCACCAAGCAAAGACAAUUCACUGGAGCGCUUCAUUGAUAAACAAGCUGAUGUUUCUAUCAAGGGUGUCCUUGCCAAUAUCGGCGCUGAUGGGAGAAGGGCACAGGGUGCAGCGCCUGGUGCUGUUGUGGCAAGUCCAUCGAAAGAAGACCCAGACUAUUGGUACACUUGGACUCGUGAUUCGGCCUUGACAUACAAAGUCCUCGUUGAGAGAUUUAUGCACGGUGAUAAGUCUCUUCAGCGCAAGAUAGAUGAAUAUGUCUCCGCGCAAGCUAAACUACAAGGAACCACAAACCCAUCUGGCAGUCCAGAGUCAGGUGGUCUCGGCGAGCCAAAGUUCCAUGUGAAUCUCACUGCUUUCACUGGAUCUUGGGGUCGACCCCAGCGUGACGGCCCUCCCCUUCGUGCUACCGCCUUGACGCUGUAUGCAGAGUGGCUCAUUUCCCACGGCGAACGAGCCAAAGCUACGAACAAGGUCUGGCCAGUCAUUGAGAAGGAUCUUGCGUAUACCACCAAGUUCUGGAACCGUACUGGCUACGACCUCUGGGAGGAAGUCAAUGGGUCUUCUUUCUUUACACUUUCGGCUUCGCAUCGUGCUCUUGUUGAAGGUGCAGCCCUGGCUAAGAAACUCGGCAAGUCUUGUCCUGACUGUAUCACCAACGCUCCUCGAGUUUUGUGCUUCCUUCAGAGUUUCUGGACUGGCAGCUACAUCGACUCCAACAUUAAUGUCAAGGAUGGUCGCAAAGGUCUCGAUGUCAACUCCAUUCUCUCGUCGAUCCACACCUUUGAUCCCGACUCCAAGUGCACCGACUCGACUUUUCAGCCUUGCUCAUCCAGAGCUCUUGCGAACCACAAAGCAGUCGUUGAUUCUUUCAGAUCCAUCUAUGGUGUCAACAAAAACAGAGGCCAAGGCAAGGCCGCUGCUGUUGGUCGAUAUAGGGAGGACGUGUACUAUGAUGGUAACCCUUGGUACCUGGCCACACUCGCUGCUGCGGAGCAACUCUACGCCGCGGUUUACCAGUGGGACAAGCUUGGCGCUGUCACUGUUGAUGAUGUAUCGUUGUCUUUCUUCAAGGAUAUUGUUCCCAAAAUCUCGAAGGGCACUUAUUCCAAGAAAAGCAAGACAUACAAGGAGAUCAUAAAGGCAGUCAAAGCUUACGCCGACGGUUUUGUCGCUGUCGUACAGACCUACACUCCCAAGGAUGGCUCACUAGCUGAGCAAUUUGACAAGUCGACUGGAACUCCCAAGUCCGCUGUCCACCUCACCUGGUCCUACGCCGCAUUUGUCGCCGCAACUGAACGUCGCGACGGUAUCGUUUCUCCCCCAUGGGGCGAAAGCGGUGCCAACAAGGUUCCCACGGUAUGCCAAGCAGCCCCAGCAUGUGACACGACCAUCACCUUCAGCGUCAAGAAUGUACAAGUGUCAUCAGACCAAAAGGUUUAUGUGGUUGGCUCAGUGACUGAACUUUCCAACUGGUCGCCUGAGGACGGCAUUGCGCUUACGCCAUCGGGUUCCGAGGGAGUGUGGAGUGUCAAGGUUAAUAUUCCUUCUGAUACAAGCUUUGAGUACAAGUAUAUCAAAAAGACCAGCAGUGGCGAGGUUACGUGGUUAAGCGAUCCCAACAAUCAGGCUAUUACGGGUAGCAAGUGUGGAAGUAGUAGUACUCUUGAUGAUGAGUGGAGAUAG